AUGAAUGAGUCUUUGAACUCCUCCCAUCCCACUCUCCUUGAAAAAGUCGUCCACGAGGAAGUUAAGGAAUCCGUGAAGACGGGCUGCUGGUUCGGUGAUGCCUUCCUUUUCACCAACUCCGCCAAUCGCCUGCUCUACUUUGUGGGCGGCGAGCUGGUAACAGUAGCCCACCUGGACCGACCCAUGUACCUGCUGGGCUACCUGGCCAGUGAAAAUCGCGUCUUCCUCAGCGAUCGCGAUCUGAAUGUGGGUGUCCAGUUCUCUUUCUGCCAUUUUACUCACUUGCAGCUCCGGUCUUUUUUCAUCCGCAAAUUGCCUUAG